UAACCGAUCCUGAUUCGGAGCCCAUCGCUUCCUUACACCUUGGUCCUAGGUGGUCGAGAGACAAACUAUAGAGGGAUGGUACUCGAUAAUUCUUUCCAGGAUUUUGUUUAUAUCGUAUCACCCCGAGAAUCAAAGUUCUAUUUCGUGUUACGAGUUGGCGCAAGUACGACUGCCACUGCCUGGCGGGUGGUUGACCGGCGUGGUGCUCACCGGCUGACGGUCAUCAGAGGCAAAAGGAUAGAUAUAAUGGUAAUGUGAACCUUACAACUCUGUGGGUCUGCGCCAGAUAUUUGCACACAGUGAUUGAAGAUGAAUCUGAAAAAGGCUGAGA